CAGAGCCCGCCCAGAGGAGUCCCCCGACGCAAGAUGGCCGUACGUUCCUUAUGUCGCCGACUUCGCCUUAAGAAAUCUAUCCAUAUGUAUUUGAACUCUAUGUCUACACCGGCACCACAUUAAAAAGCGUGACCUAAUGGACACAGAAGAACUUUGUGGGAUUGAUGUGGAGACCAGAAGAAUUUUGGGGGAAAUUGAUUCACCAACAGAAGAAGACGGCUGUGUUGAGGAAGUUGCACAGUUUGGCUUAGAAAUAUGUUGUGCUGAGGAAGAAAGAGGAGAGACUCCUGGCAGAGAAGGCAGCCCAAGUGACUUGAAGGAGACGGAGCUUGAGCCUGGAGGUGAACCUAAAUCUGCUGAACACGAUGCCUUUGGGAAGGAGGUUGUCCUUCUUAUGCAGGCGUUGAAUUCCUUAGCCACACCUGAAGAAAAAUUGGCUGCUUUGUGCAAAACAUAUGCCGACCUGUUGGAGGAGAGCCGUUGCAUGCAGAAGCGUCUGAAAACGCUGCAGAAGAAGCAGUCUCAAAUUGUGAAGGAAAAGAUCCACCUGCAGGGGGAGCACAGCAAAGCUAUACUGGCCCGCAGCAAGUUGGAGAGCAUCUGCAGGGAGCUCCAAAGACACAACAAGACUUUGAAGGAGGAAAAUUCCCAGAGAUCCAGGGAGUAUGAGGAACAACGCAAGGAAGCUAUGCUUCACUUCCAGAUGACUUUAAGUGAUAUUGAAGUCCAGAUGGAACAACACACGUCUCGCAACACUAAGCUGAGACAGGAGAAUGUGGAGCUUGCUGAGAAGCUGAAAAAGCUCAUUGAGCAGUAUGAGCUCAGAGAAGAGCAUAUAGAUAAAGUGUUCAAGCACAAAGAGCUACAGCAACAACUGAUGGACGCCAAAUUACAGAGAAUCACUAACAUGAUGACAGAAGUGGAAGAGAAACAGCAGCGAGAAAGAAACUCUUUGCUGAAGGAUGCCACAGAAUCGAGACGCAAGUGUGAGAUGAUGAAGGAACAAGAGGUUCAGCUCAAGCAUCAGCUUUCCAUGUACAUGGAUAAGUUUGAAGAGUUUCAGAGCACUCUGGCUAAAAGCAACGAGGUCUUCGCCACUUUCAGGCAAGAGAUGGAAAAGAUGACCAAAAAGAUUAAGAAGCUGGAGAAAGAAACAACACAGUGGAGGACAAAAUGGGAGAGCAACAACCAGACUUUGCUCCAGAUGGCAGAGGAGAAAACUCUACGCGAUGGCCAUUUCAAGGCUUUGCAGGGUAAGUUGGAGCUUUUGGAGAGACUCUGCAGAGCUCUACAGAAGGAGAGGAAUGACCUCAACAACCAGCUGAGCCUCAUGCAGGAGCAUAGUGAUGAGCCUCCUCCACAGUUGGGAAGUGAGGAAGACGUAGGAGAGGAUGAGACAAAGGGAAUCCGCAAAACUCCGACACUACAUGAGAUGGAGUCCGUAAUGGCCUUUGAAAACACCACUGCUUCAGCAUCGUCAAGCUAGACCGCAGAAUCUGGACUAAGCCUGGACCGCUGUGGUGCUCGCAUCUGCCCGUUUUUUUUAAAAUUACUUAUACACUUACGUCUCUAGUUUUCUACAUGAAUGAACAAUUAGCCAAUAUCUUAUUUGUAUGGUAGUUUAAGAAUAAUCAUUUGAAUGUAUGAUUCUUCUCUAAACCUUUGUUGUCCAUGUUUGCAGUACAGUAGUUUUAAAGUUUGGGGUUUGUGCUCUGUUUUCUACUAUAGAUACAGUAUUUUCAGAGGUAAUGGUAUUUUCACACUUUUUCAUGAAGUGCAUAUGCAUUCAGGUCUCAUUGAUCAUUAAAAAAUAGUGGGUAUUUUACCACUAAUGUCAUUGCUAUCUGUAAGUGUAAAUGUUUUCUGUAAUGAAAUUGAUUUUCAUACCUUACAUUAAUGAUAAAUGAACAAAUUGCCCGUUAGCAAAUACUAUUUCUUUAUUUCAAAUGUAGUCCUAAUGAUCUUAUGAACUUAAAUUCAUUCCUGAACUUUGCAUGUUUUCCCUCAAGGGAUGCUCCUGUGCUAUUUUGAAGAAUAAAGUUUUUUAUUUUUAUAAUUGUUCAUUCAUUCUCUUUACCACUUAUCUCACGAGGGUGCUGGAGCCUAUCCCACA